CCAGCAAUAUGAGCGACUCGAUCACAACUAUCGCUCUUAGUGACGAUUCAGCGAAGAACCAGGAGGUGUUGGGAGGAAUUUAUUAUGACACGACCCAACAGCAAGGCGUGGUUGGAGACUGGACAGGCCCACACACCGUUACGGUUCGCGGACCAUUCGAGACUAUUACUGCGGUCGUCAUGAAACGAGGCAGCACAGGAUACGUCGCUGUAUUCGAGGUAUUGAGCGAGACGGACCACAGACCUGUAGUUCAGUACAACGCCUCGGAUGGGGCAGUAAUGAUCAUUCUCAACCCCGGCUAUUACUGCUGGAUAAUGGAGGGCGUCAAGGUGAGAUAUGUCGAAUGAGCCCUCAAUGAUCGUUCUGAUUCGGGUCUAUCGCGGUUCUGAUAAUAUCUGCACAUAUGUGAUGCGGAACAGUGAUGAAGGGCAGGUGUACCUGUGGAGGAGGGAAUGAAAUUGUUAAUCCAUCGCCCCGUCCUUCUUUGAGGUGCGAAAGAAUGACAGUGACG